AUGACAAAAAACAUAAAAGAACUGAUUGGAACCCUGAAUGGCCAAGACAGUUUUCAUGGUUGUGGUACUUUUCGAAAAGAUUAUCUUAAUCAACAUAUUAAAAUAAAUAGUCAUAUAAAUGUGAUAAAAGCUUAUUAUCAACCAGCAAAUCAAAUAGAUUUGUUUACGGGAUUUACUACACAAGCUGAUUAUAAUAAAUUAGAAAUUAUUUCAAAGAUGCAAUGUGUAUAUUUAUGUACACAAAAAUAUCUUCCAAUUUUUGCUUAUCCAAAUAUUAUUAAUUUGAUGAAUUUAAAUCUAAAAAAUCAAACUGAAUUAGUAUAUAAUAGUGAAAUUCAAACUUUAACUCCUCCAUUUUUUGGUCCAAAAAAAGAAAAAUUAGUUAUGAAUUUUUCUGAAAACUCUUCAAAUUAUGUAGAAUAUACUAAUUUGGUUUCUGGAACUACAUUUUUACAUGCAAUUGCAAUAGUAAUUGAGGAAUCAGUUUUAGAAGAAACAAGAAAAUCAUCAGCCUGGAGUUUGUUAAUUAAUGAAAGUAAUACAAUUACAUAUAAUAAAACUUGUAUAAUUGUAAGCAAACAUGUAGCAAAUAAUAUUCCUGUACUUCAGUAUUUAGGAUUAAUUGAAUUAAAAGAAGUAGAUGCAAUAGCAAAAAUAUUAGAACCUUCAAAAUUAUUACAUUUUGGAAGUGAUGGUGAUAGUAAAAUGAUAGGAGUUCGAAAUGGCAUUGCUACAAAACUUAAAAAGUUAAAUCCUUUUAUAAGUAAUUGUUAUUGUAUUGCUCAUCGAUUAGCUUUAGCAGAAAAAGAUUCAGCAAAUGAUGUACCUUAUUUUCUUGAUUAUGAAAUUACAAUUAAAGAACUUUAUGUAUAUUUUGCUAAUUCUCAUACAACAAAAUUUCUUGCAGAUAUUUUAUCAAUAAUUUCAGCAUUAUGUAAAAUAUUUCAAUCCAAUUAUGUAACUUUUUCAAAUAUUCAUCAAGAGUUAAACAAAACAAUUUAUUCUAUUACUAUUGAAUUUAUUGUAUAUCCUGAUGAAAAUAUUAAACCAACAUUAGGAACACAUUUACAUGAUUAUUUAUUAUAUAAUGCUAUAUGUAUUUUUGAUUUUAAACAAGUUCCAACAACAAUACAACAAAUGAGUAGUUUUGGAGAAGAAGAAAUUGUGUAUCUUGCAGAAUAUUAUAGUAUAGAUCAAAUUGAAAAUGGAUGGGUGUUUAUUUUUUGUACUACUCAAUUUAUUACUCAAUAUCCUAAUUUAAUUCAAAUUAUUCAUUUAGUAUUUAUAGUUCCUGUUUCAAAUAGAAAUGUUGAACAUAUAUUUUCUCAACAAAAUUUAAUUAAAACAAAACUUCAUAAUCUGAUGAAAUUAAAUACACUUAAUUCUUAUUUAAUGAUAGUUAUGAAUGGGCCUUCUUUAGAUAAAUUUAAUUUUAAGAAAGCAUAUGAAUUAUGA